AUGGCUGAGGCGGCUGGGCCCAGUGGCGAAUCCCACGGCGCCGAAGUGAAAACCCAGCAGCCCGCGGCAAAACUCGUCAGGGGACCACUGAGGCGCGGCCCGCGCUCGGUGCUUAAAGUGUCUCAGCUGCUGCUCCAGGCCAUCGCUGCGCACAAAGGGCUGACUUUGGCAGCCCUCAAGAAGGAACUUGGAAACGCUGGCUACGAAGUGCGCAGGAAGAGUGGCCGCCACUCAGGCGAUAUUCCCAAGUCCAAGGUGAAGGGCACGCUCCUUAGGGUCAGCGGCAGCGACGCUGCCGGCUACUUCAGGGUCUGGAAGAUUCCAAAGCCGAAAAGAAAGUUGAGAUGCCCGGGGUUGGAGGAGGUUGUCCGCCCUCCGAGAAGGAGCCCACGGAGGCGUCGGGUGCAACGCAGGGCAGCCAAGAAGGCCAGAGACAUAUGGAGACGGAAUGCAAGGCUAAACGAGAGGGCGAGGAGGGUGAGGCCAAGAGCCAAGGAGGAAGCCAGGGCCAAAGUGGUGGACGAGGGGAGAGGACGAACCACGAAGGAAGACCCCAGGCCUACGUCAGAAGAGGAGAAGAGGCCAAGCUCGAAGCCCAGGGAGAAGAAGCAUGACCUCGAGAAGCCAGUAAAACGAACCAUCCAGAAGCCAAGCCCGCUUAAAACCAACCAGACUUCCAGUGGUCAGGGAAGGACUCGCACAAAGACUUCCACUAAAUCUGAAGGUCCUCGGAAUGCAGUCGGGAAUUCACAGUGUGGGAGCAGUGUCCCUUCCUCCAGGCACAGAUGA